GGCACUCCUUGACUUGUUGCAUUGGACCGCGGAAAUGGUAAGAAGGCAAGCUUUAUUCCUUGGUGACUCAGAGCUGCAGCAACUGCUUCACAUCUUCAGGAAGGCUGUCAAAAUUUUGACUCCUGGAGGGAACAUGCUGGAGUUGGGUCAUGAGCUACGCUUACCCUUUGUUAAUUGGGUUAUAACAAACCAGGUAAAGAUUUGGGAAGACAGGAAGGCAUUGCCACUUUUAACAUUGAGGCCACAUGAUGACGAACCUAUUAACUCAGUUACAUUCUUGACAGUGCCUCAUCACCCUGAUCACAUAGUUCUUAUCACAAUGGGGUAUUACUCAAUGGCUAAACAGCCAUCGGACUUUGAGGUUCUCAAUCAGGGAAUUUGUAUUCUUUUUCUGAGGGAUGCUGAAACAAAUGAAAACUCCGACUGCUGUAUUGUUGAGAAGAGAAGAAAUGGAUGGAUAAAUUGGGUCUUUUAGCAAAUUUCUUCUGUUCAUUUUGGAUUUUUUUUAUUUUGUCAAGAUAAGAUUGUUGAUUUUGAGAUGAAGCUCAUGGACAUUGACAACAAGCAUCUUGGAAUUCCAAAAUCAGAGUAUCAUGCCAUUGUAAAGAUGCCAUCAGCUGAGUUCUCAAGGAUUUGCAAGGACCUCAGCAGCAUUGGAGAUACUGGUAUCAUCAUCAUCAUUGCAUGAGUUAGUAUUGAGAUACUUCCGUACACAUAAUACUGUGUACUGAAUUCACCCACCAUCCAUUGGCUGAAAUUUGAAUAGAAUGUGUAGGGAUUCUUGUUGGUUGUUUCAUACUAAUGUCCAACAUUCAUAUCAACAGUUAUAGUUCACUAACAA